AUGGCAAAAUGUGGCACAACUGCUGAGUAUAUGUAUGGAACAUAUCCAACAAAAACAUUUCCAAAUCAUUACUCAAUUGCAACCGGUUUAUAUCCGGAAAGUCAUGGUAUUGUUGAUAAUGUCAUUUAUGAUAAUCGAUUAAAAACCGAAUUUAUUAAUAUACGACGGACUAAUGAUCCCCAAUAUUUCAAUGGUGAACCGAUUUGGAAUGUACUUGAACGACAAAACGUUACAACAGCUUGCUUAUUUUGGCCCGCUUGUGAUUCAAUGAUCAAUGGUAUGCAAUCAACAUAUAAUUUGAAAUAUAAUCGAUCAAUGCCAUAUCGCGAUAGGAUGGAUCAAAUAGUGGCGUGGCUUGGAAUGCCUACAAAUUUACGGCCAUCAUUGAUAAUGGCAUAUUUUGAUCAACCUGAUUUCGUGUCACAUUUCAAAGAUAAUGAGGAAAUUUCUAAAGAGUUGGAAAAUAUUGAGCAUAUAUUGGAUUAUCUUUUCAAAACAUUACAUAGUAUGGAAUUAUUAAAUUGCGUCAAUGUUAUCAUACUUUCUGAUCACGGCAUUCAAAAAAUUAAUCAUCGAUACUAUUUUGAUGAAAUGAUUAAUUCUGAGAAUAUUUUGUUUGCUGAUGGUGUAAUCGGACAGAUGUAUUUCCCAAAUGAUACUAAUUCUCUAACACUUCAAGAUAAAAUAAUGAAAACAAUGGAGAAGCUUAAAUGUUAUAAUAAGGAAUACUAUCGAGUGUAUGAUAAGCGACGGAUACCGAAACGUUAUCAUUUUAGUAAGUCAAAUCGGAUUGGUGAUAUCAUCUUGGAUGCACAACUGGGUACAAUUUUCUAUGAAAAUAUUGCCGCUGAUUAUAAUAAAACGCAUGAUCAUGGCUAUGAUUUUAUAUUGGAACCAAUGCAUGCAAUCUUUUAUGCAUAUGGUCCUAAUAUUGCCCAAGGCCUUGUUUUGAAACCAUUUCAAAAUGUCGAAUUGUUCAAUCUAAUGAUAGCAUUGUUAAAUGUUAAUUCAAAUCUAUCAUCACCAAAUAAUGGUACAGAAGGAAGAUUGAAUAGCGUUUUAAAUGGUAUAUCAGUAAAUAAGCCGCAAAGAUCAGAUUUAACUUCUACCAUUGCUUUGAUUGAACGUAUCAAUUCCAAUUUCUCACUUUCACAAUUACGACAGGAAAACGAUCCUGCAGAAUUGAUUACAACUAGCUUAAGUGUAAAAGGUACAAAUGAUUUGCAAGUUAAUCUUCAUAGUGAUUUUCUAAAAGGACAUUUUACCAAUUUGGAAAAGAUAACGUCGGAUUAUGCGAAACUGUAUAAUGAAGUAGUAGUGAUUAGUGGAUCAAUUUAUGAUUUCGAUGAUAAUGACUUCGUUGCUGAUUCAUCCGGAUUGUACUUAAAACGGUUAUUACGACAUUUUACCAAUUUGGAAAAGAUAACGUCGGAUUAUGCGAAACUGUAUAAUGAAGUAGUAGUGAUUAGUGGAUCAAUUUAUGAUUUCGAUGAUAAUGACUUCGUUGCUGAUUCAUCCGGAUUGUACUUAAAACGUAAUACGACACCAAGUCAUAUUUUUCGUGUAAUAUUUCGGUGUAAAAAUUCACGGUGGUUGAACGAUGAAUUACAAUGCAACAAUGUUAAGUCAUUGGAUGUGCUAUCAUUCAUUUUACCAAAUGUACCUGGUGAUUACAAUUGUUUGGAUUCAUUGUCCUAUUUGACAGCAAAUAAGGCUAGCUUACGUGAUAUUGAAUUGCUAACAGGACUGGAGUUUUUACCCACUUCAUGGAUCCCAGCAGCUGAGCUUUAUGAUGAUGAAUUCUCAAUAACUUUGCGAACAAUGAUGCCAGAAUAUUUGUGGUUGGAAAAGGAACAAAAACGAUUCAAAAAUGACAUGAAUUCCAGUCGAUACUAA